UCAAACUCAAUUCUUCUCCUUCUCGUUUGUUCUUUCUUUCUCUUAAUGCUAAAUUUUCACAAUUUUUUCAUAGCUCUCUUUAUGCUACGUAAGAAAUCCAUAAUAUAUGUUCUAAAAAAAAUACAAAAUAUGGAAAACAUCAAAAACCCUAAAAACACGGAUGAUCCUGAUGGCAUGUCGAGAGACAGUCAUCAAAGCGUUGAUAAUUCCCUGCCAAGAUCUUACACAUGCAGUUUCUGCGUAAGGGGCUUCUCGAAUGCUCAAGCACUAGGAGGGCAUAUGAACAUCCACAGAAGAGACAGAGCUAAUCUCAGACAAAAGCUUAUGGAAGAUAAUAAGGAUGAUGUUGUCGCCGAGAGUGAUUCAUCAGAAGUUGUCUCUCUAGACCUUAAUGAAAAACAACAAGAAGACGAUUUGGCACGUGAUGAUGAUGAUCAAGAUCAAGAUCAAGGUGUUGACAAAAAUAUAAUCCCUGGUCAGAAACUAGGCUUUUGGGUUCAAGAAAACAAGGUUGAUAUUAAUGCUGAUGGAAAAGUCACGGAGGUUAGCAGCAUAGAUGGUUCGAGUUCGAGUCAUCAUCUUGAGAAUGAAAAUUUGGAUCUUGAGCUCCGGUUAGGUCAAAGGGCCGUGGAGACGAAGACAACAUAAUCUCUCAACGGUCAUCAUACGUUGAAUAUAUAUCGAAAGGAACAAAAACCUUGAAACAUCAAACUCAAGAAUCCAUCUAUAUGGAUUCGUGGAUCAUCAUUCUGUAUGUAUUGAAUUUGAAGGUAUGCAUGUGUAUCUAUUAUUGCUACCAUUAUCAUCUUUUUGUUUAUAUUUGUUUCCUUGCUUCUGUUAGUUUCAGCAACUU